UCAGCUUUGUUUCAGUACACAAGAGCAGGUGUGGUGCAUACAGCUGGGUUAAGUUCCACUGCAAUACUAAUGGCUGUUACUACUUUCACGCUGGCACAUCAGAGCUGUGGGAACACUUUGAGAGCGACCGACUCCUGGAUUAACUAUUCCACCUCCCGAGACGCUCUGUUAGCUGACCUCGAGUCCACGACCUCCCACAUCUCGAAGAGGCCCGUCUUCCUGCAGGAGGAGACGCCCUACUCCUUCCCCACCGGCAACCACACCUACCAGGAGAUCUCGCUGCCCCCGCCGGUGCCCCCACCCCCCUCCGCAGAGGCUCUGAACGGGAGCGUCCUCGACCCGGCGGACCAGUGGCAGAGCCCAGCCAGGUUCACACCCCAGCAGCCCCAGGCUGUGAAAAGCAUCGCCUCUGUUUCACGAGAGAGCGGCAGCCCUCCUCCCAGCCGCCCCAGUGAGGAGGACCACGUGUACAGUUUUCCCAACAAGCCAAAGACUACUGAUCCCUCCCAGGCAGCCAUGAGCUCGUUCCUGGGCAGCAACCUGUCGGAGCUGGACCGGCUCCUUCUGGAACUGAACGCUGUGCAGCACAACCCGCCCUCCUUCGCCACCACAGAGGACACCAUGCCCCCCCUGCUUUCGGUCAGCACCACCCACUACGGCGUGCAGGAGAACGGGGGCUCGGCCGGCAAGAAGGCUCCCCCUCCCGCCAAGGAGAAGCCGAAGCGCAGCGGAGGGCGUGGCAUCGAGGACGUGCGCCCCAGUGUGGAGAGCCUGCUGGAUGAACUGGAAAGCUCUGUCCCCAAUCCAGCGCCUGCCUCGGUUGCGGUGCUGCAGUGUGAUGUGGGGGGCGAGAGGCAACGAGACACCCCCACCCAGCAGCAAGCCCGGAUAUCAGCCUCUUCCGCCACCCGGGAGCUGGAUGAACUCAUGGCCUCCCUGUCUGACUUCAAGGUGCAGAGCAAUCCUAGCUCCUCAGCCUCCUUGGCCUCCGAGCCUUUCUCAGAGCAGGAUCUAGCCAGCUCAGAUCUGAUCCUUGCAGAUGCUUCCACCCCCUCUCCUGAAACCCCAGGUUUAUUCGUCACCUCCUCUCCCGCCCCGCGGACACCCAGCCCCCUGGGGCCGCUCCACAUCGAUGAGGAGGGCAGCGGUGUGGAACACCUCCCUGCCCCCCUCGCUGGCACCUCCCAGCGGGACCCCAAACAUGCAGCUUCUCAGCAGCCGAGGCAAGGCAAGCAGACAGGCAGGGAGCCGGACUCUGACGUCAUCAUUGAUGUCUCCUCCUCCAUGCUGUCAUCCAGACUGGAGUGUUUAGUGGUGCUGGACAAACCUGAUCCGCCAGGACAGGUGAAGAGCGAGGGCAGAACGGAGGAGAGGCAGGAAACCAUGGCCAGUACUUUGGAGACGGCUGGGCUGCAGGGGCAGGUCACCUCUGAGCUCUGUGCCGUGUCAGAAACGUCAAAAGAACACGAGGCCUCCCUCGACGAAGCCCUGGAUAAGCUGCUAGCAAUGGAGUUUGAGGAGCUGGAGAGAGAGGACCCCCACGUGGAGGAAGAGGUGCAGGAGAUCUGCGAGGAAGCCGUCGUGGCCACAGACAGGAGGGAGGCGUUCCCGGACACCACAGGACUCCAGCAGGUUCCCGUGAAGGAAGAGGAACCCAGACCGACCCCGCUGCCCAAUGGGAACGGGGAGGAGAAGGAGCUCCGUGAAGCUGACCGACUCGCACAGCAGCAGAGCCCAGAGCCGGAGGAAAACUUUGAGCUGCCCACGGCUCAGCCUCUGGUGGUGGAGAGAAUCUCCACAUCCAGCCAGGCAGGCACAGUGCUUGAGCUUGGGUUGCUCUGGAUGCAUUGCUGCAUAGUUUUUAUAUCUAGAGCUGCAUUGGCUUGCGCAUGGCUUGAAAUGACCAGUGUGGCUUAGUGUUGUGCUUAUAUAAAUAGCAUUUAUAAAUUGGACAUCAGUGAUUUGCAGUGUAUUGAGACAAUGAUAUUAUUUCAGGUUGAGGUAUUUAAACUCGUCCUGCAGUGCACACCAAG